AUGAGGGUCAUCCAACAGGCCAAUGUUGAUAACUUUGAUGCUCUCCUGGCCAACCCGUCAGCGAUUACAAAGGACCCAAAUCUCCUGAAAAUGACUCGCAAGCGGAAUAAGACAACCCCCAAGGGGACGUUGUCCUAUCCCUCGGCUGUAGCCCAGGAUCUUGUUCAUCAUCUGGUCCACAGCUUUGAGGUGUUCUACGGUGAGCUCUUGGGGCCCCAGGCUAAAUUCCCUGCGGCAGCCUUCUUUGGUGUUGAACAAGCGACAAUCAUUGUUGGAUCUAUGGACCAGAUUUGCUCCAGAGGUUCUCAGAACAUGGGACUCAUGGGAGUUCAAUGUUUCCCUGGCCAGCUGGAGUCACUCAAUAAUGCCAUCAUACAGUGGAUGGCAAGCAAGGUUUACUUGUCACACCUCCUCCAAACGGCCAAUCUCACUCGGUUCAUCAAAUCAGAAGGCCUACAAGUCCAAGAGGCAAUGGCGGCCAAGCCAGCGGCACUUCAAUCACAGGCCAAAGCCAGGCGACAAGCCAAAAAAAACUGCCAAAGUAGCGGCCAGGGGCCUCGUGGCUUCAAAACAAAGCAAGACACUUAUCAUCUUUGCGUGUCUGGAAGACCAAGCAAUAUUCUGGCCGGCUUACGGACAUAUAGGAACUCGCUUGAUGGCUACCGACAAUAUCCCACUGCUCCUCCUCUUUGCCACCUGCCGCCCGGAGGCAGUCUCCGCAAUCACCAGAAGCUUGAUGCUGCAACCAAGCGAGCUCUCCAUGAUUGA